AUGCGCUACUGCUGGCUGUUGCUGCAUAUAGCAGUGGCAACAAACGUAGGCGAUGCCGAUAAUACUGAAGAUAAUGAACCAACAGUGCCAGACAUAAUUAGCCCACUGGACAUCGACGAGACCAGUAUCGCCGCGGGUAUCGAGCACUCGUGCGCGAUCCAGACGCAGUCGUACGAGGAUGUUGGCGGUCGUGUGGUCUGUUGGGGUGUCAACAAUGGCGGACAGAGCUCUCCUCCACCAGGCGAAUUUAUCCAAGUGAGUGGCGGACGUUUGCACUCGUGCGGAAUCCGCAUCGAUGAGACGCUCGAGUGCUGGGGCGACGGCGCACCGGUGACGAAGCCAGAAGGACUGUUUGAACAGGUCAGCAGUGGCGACUUCCAUUCGUGUGGCAUCAUGAAAGACCAAACAGUGCACUGCUGGGGCACAGCGGCGGGUGGCAUCUCGAAGGCUCCAAGUGGCAAGUUUGUGCAGGUCAGCUGCGGCAAAGACUUCUCGUGUGCAAUUGCAACGGACGGCAUGGUGAAAUGUUGGGGCGAAAACGGAUAUGGUCAGCUGAAUGUGAACCCAAACACCCGUUUUCGACAGAUAUCAGCGUCGCCAGGUGAUUUCGCUUGCGGUGUGACCGAGGACAACACGCUCUCGUGCUGGGGUGAUAAUCAUCGCAACCAAGCGAGUCCACCGAGCGACGAAAAGUUCAUUCUUGUGAGCACCAGUCGACUUUCGGCGUGCGGGUUAAAGACCGACAAAACGGUGACGUGUUGGGGUAUGCGCUCUGGCGUGACUGCAGCACCUACAGAUGUGCAAUUUGACGAGCUGACGUUGGGUUGGAAUCAUGGUUGCGGCAUUCGCUUCGAAGAUGGCGGCGUCCAGUGCUGGGGCGACCGUGGAAGCAACCGCUUGGAAAUUCCUGAAUCUCUACUAUAA